AUGGCCGAAUGUUGCAGAGCAAACGAACGCCGAAGCUCCGAUCGUUCAUGCGGUGGCGAUCGUGUCGAUUACCUCAGCGAGAUUGUGAGGCAGGUGUCGCGUUUUCUUGAAAUGUUUGGCUACUCGGUCACGCAGGCAUCGACCGAAGCACGAGCAAUCGACGCAAUUGAGGCCGUGGAACCCAGCGUGGUGCUGAUCGACGACGCUUUGGGACAGCGUGAAUACCUGGACUUGUGCCAUGCGAUUCGUUCGCAUGGGGUGGUCUCUGAAGCUUUCGUGAUGCUGGUGGCCAGCGAUUUUUCGACCAAUGCCCUGCUGCAGGCGACCGCGAGUGGAUUCGAUGACUUCCUGGCCAAGCCCAUCGUGCAUGGUGAACUGCUGGCGCGGCUUCGGGCCGCCGCCCGGCUGCGCACGGCUGCCGAGCGCGAUGCCCGAUAUGUCGAUCCCUUAACGGGGCUCAUUGGACGCGACACCUUCGAACAAACCCUGAUCAAUCGGGGCGAGUCUGCUGAGCGGAACGGGAAUACGAUUUCUUGUGUUGUGUGUGGCAUCGACUUUUUGACUCGAAUCAAUCGUCUGCAGGGCCGCCUGGUGGCCGACGGGGUAAUUCGCAAGACGGGAGAGAUGCUGCAGAAGUGCUGCCAGUCGGAUCAGAUUGCGGGACGGAUUUCGGGCGAUAUUUUCGCCGUGGCCUUGCCGGGAUUCGGCGUGGAUGAGGCCCGACGUUGGGCAGAAUCGCGAAGGCGUCACAUCGAAGAGAAUGCUUCGGGAGCCGAUGCGGACAUUAAGGGGAUAACGGCCAGCUUCGGGGUGGCCACAAUGCAAGGCAAGCUAGAAGGCCUGGAGUGUGAAAGCACUACGCUGUUGGGCCGAGCACUUGAUGCCCUGCAGGUAGCGAAACAAUCGGGCCGCGACUGCGUGGUCUGCGAAGGUGAGUUCGCCGAAGAGGACGCGAUCUUGCGUAACCUGGCGGCACCCGGAAGGAUGUUUGAGAACACGGUGGCCCGCGAUGUGAUGACCCCCUGCCCCAUCGUCUUGCAGGCCGAUCAUUCGGCUGCCGAAGCGUUGAAGCUACUGCGGCGCUCGGGAACGAUGGGCGCGCCGGUGGCCGACGAACGCGGCGAGCUGCUGGGAUUUGUUUCGGUGGAACAUCUGCUGCAGGGUUUGGCAGAUGGAGCCUCGGGGUCGACGAUUGUCGAGUCGGCUGACGUGGAAGCCGUGGCUUUUGAAAGUCAGACGCCGUUCGGCGAGUUGUUCAACUUCUUCAUCAAUCGCCCCAACGCCGAAGUGGUGGUGGUCGAGCAAUCGCACCCGGUUGGUGUGAUUACCCGCGAGGGUUUAACGGCACUGGUGGAACCCGUCCGCUGCCGACGCAACACGCCUGAGGAUCAGCGAACUCGUGAUCAGCAAGAAGCCGCCGGGUUUGGAGCUACGGCUUCGUAG